ACUUUAUUUUUAACGGAAUAAUUCAGGUGUACUCAAGUAUGAUUCAAAUGUUGAAGAUGUUCAGGUUUAAAAGAAUUAGAAGAUCACGUCAAAUUAUUAUACUUCUCGGUUUUCAUCUUGUCAUUUUUUCAUAUUUCCUACUAAAUGAUCGUUUGAGAACUGCUGUACGAAGAAAUACAUUCGAUGAUGCCACGGAGCAAGUUGUUGAUAGAAAAGUUCCUUAUCAUUCUGCUGAACCUCUAAAUGGGGCGGAACUAAAAUCCGAAGAUUCCUUGGAGAAUAUAGAUGUGGAUUAUUUGAUAUAUUUGAUCCAUCGUACAUUUCCGAAAACAGGUGACCCAAAAUAUCGACGCUUUAAUGAAACCAAGAGUCAUUCAAUACCACUGGAUAGAACUUCUAAAUAUGUUAGACCUAAAAGAGCAUGUUGGGGUCACAAGUGGGUUAUCCCCCCUGAUAUGAAAGUCGGCAUAGUUAUACCGUUUAUAAACGAACCGUGGUCAACUUUGUUUAGAACUGUUAUCGGAAUAUUAAAGAGGACGCCAUUAAAAUAUGUACAAGAGAUAAUUCUAGUUGAUGACCAUAGUACCCGGGAAUAUUUACUGGAACCUUUAGAGCGUGUCCUCGGUCCCUUUAAACAUAUAUCAGUGAUUCGUACGCCAUACAAAAUGGGACCAGCGUCAACGAGAAACUACGGAGCCCGGCACACCAAAGGCAACGUUAUCAUUUUUUUCGAUUCACAUUGUGAGGUGGACAGUGGAUGGAUAGAACCAUUACUAGAUGCAAUAUCAAAAGAUCGUACACGAAUUGUUGUUCCUGUGAUUAAUGUUAUUCGUCCAGAUACAAUGGAAUCAGUCGGUUCUAAUCAACGCAUGAAAACUCAGAUCAGUUGGUCCCUCGGUGCCUUAUUUGGACCGUUCAGAGAAUCAAUUUGGGAAAAGCACAAAAUUACGGACCCCAUUCAACAACCAUCUCUGAUGGGUGCUAUGUUCGCUAUGGAUAGAGAGUACUUUUUUAAGAUUGGGGGAAUGGGAGAUUAUUUUAAUGGUUGGGGUGGAGAGGAUGUUGAUCUAGCUAUUAAAAGCUGGUUGUGUGGCGGUGGUCUUGCUCUAUGUAGAUGUUCUACAAUUGGCCAUGUUUAUAAGGCGCACCCUUACGUUAAUACCAAUAAUCCUUUGAAUAACGUGGCGUUAAUGGCGGAAGCCUGGAUGGGGGAGUAUCUACCUAUCGCCAAAUGUGUUUUAUUUGGAAGAAAACAUUUGCCAAAGGUGGACACGACCAUUCUUAGGUCAACUUUGGCUUUAAAAGAAAGGCUGAAAUGUAAACCCUUUAAAUGGUACCUAGAGAAUGUUCUGCUUGAGUUAGAGAUUCCAGAAACGAAUACUACCUUCUACAUGCUGCAUAGUCAUAGUUCUUCACUGAGUGUAGGUACAGACAUGCAGACUCUUAAAUUUAUUCCCGAUGUACUUGAAAUCACGUGUCGUAUUUCAGUCGUUAAUGAUAGACUUAAAUGUAAAGGCCGGUGCUUGACCAUCAAAAACGCUCGUUUAAUUUUUGACACAUGUGAUGCUGACGACAAAUAUCAAUACUGGAAAUAUACUGGUAAUAAAAUCCGACCCUACUUUGAUAAUAAAUUGUGUGUCGCCGAAAGGCAUGAUGGAACGGGUACUUUAAAACCUUGUAAUGAAACAGUAGCUAAGAUUAAGUAUCAAUCCAGAUUUGCAUCGGGAUGCAUCAAGACAAUUACCUGAGUAAGUGACGUUUGAAUGCAUCACAUAAAAUAUAGACAAGAAAAUAUGUUUUAUUUGAUUACAUGUAUUAUAAAUAAUACCCAUGGCAAUCACA